AUGUCCACCUAUAACGCAACCGCAAAGUUGGAUGCCAACCAGCUAAACGAGCGUCGUCGCGAGGCCUUGGCCAAGAUCGACAAUGCUGAGUUCGGCUGGUUCCACAUUCGUGCCUGUCUCGUCGCCGGUGUCGGUUUCUUCACCGAUGCCUACGAUCUCUUCGCCAUCAACUUGGUCACCCCCAUGCUGGGCAUGAUCUACUUCAACGGCCCUCUGCCCUCUGAUUUGGAUUUGGGCAUCAAGGUCGCCGCCUCCGUCGGUACCUUCCUUGGUCAGGUCGGAUUCGGUUACCUUGCCGAUCGUCUCGGACGCAAGCGCAUGUACGGUAUCGAGUUGAUGAUCAUUAUUGUUGCCACCCUCGCCCAGUCUGUCUCUGGAAACGGCUACGUCCUCUCUUUGCCCGCUGCCCUUAUCAUCUGGCGUGUCAUUGUCGGUAUCGGUAUCGGUGGUGAUUACCCUCUGUCUGCCGUCAUCACCUCCGAGUUCGCCACCACCAACCGCCGCGGUGCCAUGAUGGCUGCUGUCUUUGCCAUGCAGGGAUUCGGUUACUUGACCACCGGUAUCGUCGCCAUCAUUCUCCUUACCGCCUUCAAGUCCAGCAUCAUCGCCAACACUCAGAACCUGGAUUACGUCUGGCGUAUCCUCAUCGGUUUCGGAUGCCUCCCCGCCCUCGUUGCCGUCUACUUCCGUCUGACCAUCCCCGAGACUCCCCGCUAUGUCCUCGAUAUCGAGAACAACGUCAACAAGGCCGAGCGUGAUGUUGCCACCGUCCUUAAGGAGAACCGCAACCACCUCCAGUCUGAGGAUGAUGCCAACGAUGUCGUCGUCUCCAACCCCACUGUCGUCAAGGGCUCCUUCUCUGACUUCUGCGCCUACUUCUCCCAGUGGCGCAACUUCAAGGUUCUCUUCGGUACCUCCAUGGCCUGGUUCGCUCUCGAUGUUGCCUUCUACGGUAUCGGUCUCAACAACUCCUUCAUCCUGUCCUCGAUCAACUUCUCGUCCGUCAAGGGUGACAACUGGAGCACCUGCUGGAACGCCGCUGUCGGUCAGAUCAUCAUUGUCCUGUUGGGUGCCGUUCCCGGUUACUGGGUCACUGUCUUCACCAUCGAGCGUCUCGGUCGUAUCAAGAUCCAGAUCAUCGGUUUCGUCAUGUCCUGCAUCCUCUUCUGCGUCCUCGGUUUCGCCUACACCCAGAUCAAGAACUACUCCAUCGCCCUGUUCGUCUUCCUCUUCGCCGCCACCCAGUUCUUCCAGAACUUCGGACCCAAUUCGACGACCUUCAUCAUCCCCGGUGAGGUCUUCCCCACCCGCUACCGCUCGACCGGCCACGGUAUCGCAGCCGGUUCCGGCAAGUUGGGUGCCAUCAUUGCCCAGGUCGGUUUCUCUCAGCUCAAGGAUCGCGGUGGUCCCAACGCCUUUAUCCCUCAGUUGCUCCAGAUCUUUGCUCUCUUCAUGUUGAUCGGUCUCAUCGUCACCUUCCUCAUCCCCGAGACCAAGGGCAAGACUCUGGAGGAGCUCUCGAACGAGGACGACUUUGCUGCUCCUUCGCACAACCAGAACAAUGCCUUGUACGAUGAGGAGAAGUAG